UCGUGCGUUCACCCCGUGCCGCGACGACAACAGGGCGUCGUUCGUUCCGGAACGAGCGACGCUGCGUCGAGUUCGCUGGGGGUCCCGUCGCGAACUUUCCUGUCCUGAAUGAAGCUCCGUAUCCUCUCGGGCCGUCGUAUCAGUGGUCGGUCGUAUCAUUGAACGUUGUGGUGCGCGCGCGCUACGAGACAAGGGGACCGUGUGCUGGUGGUGUUCCGUUCGGUUCAGUGUCGAGGACGAGGGGCAAAUUCCGGGUCGCUGCAGUUCGUCGAAGUGACGCGUGCACGCGAACAGCUCAGUCAUAUCGCGGCCACCCGUAACACUUGGCAAGGAAAGAUCGCAGGUGGCGGACGUGUAUGAUCCUUUCUCUGUGGAACACGUGGUCGAGCGCGGCGAGUCUUCGUGCGACACACGAGGCAGCGCUAGCCUGUCCUCGAAAUUUGAGGUUAGGUGUCCAUGUGGCACGGUCGAUCGACUCUCCUCUAAGAACGUCCUUGUGAGAAGGACGUCGAUUCCUAUCGCUGUAGAAGUUGCUACGGGCGCGGACAUACGCGGAGUGGGGUGUAAACGGGGGCGAGAGAGGUGUUCACCAACUACAGCUAGGUCUAAAGUGAAUCUCGUUUGGGCGGUGGAAGGUUUACGUUCACGAUCUCGCAAGCGAGUAUACCGGAGGAGAAGAGAUUAUCGGAGGGUCACGAAGCAGAGGGGAUCCUCGAGUUCUUUCGAUAGUGCAACGUUGCUCGUGGAAAACACUGUCACGUGGAUUUGCUCUCGAGACGUAAUUAAUCGGUGUAGUUUUGCCUUUUAUACGGGAGAGCCGUCUAUUCGGUGGAGAAUCGUUGUGAUCGCGAGAGUACGUAUCUUUGUGUUCGUGUCUCGAUCCUAACGUCGAUCAGUGCGUCGAACCGAGGGUAAAGAUAAAUGACGGGUGAUGAAUGGAUGAAUCCAAGCGAAACAACGGUAUAAUCAACCGGUAUAUUUAUAGAUAACGGGCUCGCUGGAUCGACUCGUUAAUUAGCGGUCGAUCCGUAGUAAGGAUUUCGUGGAAAAAAAGGUGUUGGCGUUUGUCGAGAAGAUAAAAUGCAGUCGCGCUCCAUGUGGAUGGAAUCGUUUUCCGUCGAAUGAGAAAAGUCUUGUGUGUUUUCAGUGAUAGAGAAAGGCCGAGUUACGACAGUUUUUCAGUGAAGUGUUAAACGCAAGCAGCGUCAGAGUUGUGAUCCAGUGAAAACGUUGUUCAGGUGUACAUCCAACAGGUUCCACGAUGAGCCCAUUGAAACACGUUCGAGAAUCGAGCCUGUCCUUCUGAUUCGUCGUGGCGUACAUCGUUUUGGAUUAUGCUCUGUUGUUCAGCUUUAAACGUCGUGGAUUCCCGCCCUAUGUCGCUAGGGCGAGCACGUGAAUCAACCCUCAUAACGAAAAUCGAUCGGCUCGCUGGCGUACGAAACGUGGCCUGAUCGAUUCUACAGAUUUUCCGAGUACGACAUAUUACGUCAACGCUAUAGAAAGAGUACUAAUUCUAUUGUUAAAUAUAAAAGAAGAAAGUUAUAUAAUACGAAACUGAAACAAUAAAAUCAAAUGUUGUCUUUCAACUUGAAGCAGUUAAUCGUCAAAUCGUCAUUGUUAAAGUUAACAGCUACAGGAUUGAAAGUUAUUGGAAAUUAUAACGGAAACUGCCCAGCAGAAAUCAAAAGCUUUCGAGAAACUGAUAAUAAAACGAAAGAAUCAAAGGAAAAUUAUUCAAUUUUUUAAUAUUUCCAGGAAUUUACACUGAUUAAUCGUGUCCUUUCGAAUUGCUAUUUAAAUCGUAUAUCUAAACGACGAAUUAUACGUGGCAAGCGCAAUAUUUUAUGAAAAAUUCGAGUGGAAGUCAAACGAUGACAGCCAAAAAGCUUUCUGAAUGACAUUUUUUGGAGUAACAUUUUCACGACGAACGAAAAUAACUGAGAGAUACGAGCGAGCUGUUACGCGCUGACACGUUUCAGCGUAACUGCUAUUUACGGACAAGGAAUAGUAAAAAGGCAAACAGUUCUCCUUCGUAAUAUCCGUUCUGUCGUCCGAUGAUAAGGAAACCAUGAAGUAAAAAAGAAAAAAAGGAACAAUAACGCAUAAUUGAUAAAGAUUUGCGAAACGAAACGGGGAUCGCGUCAAAGGGACGCAAUAAAAGAGAUUACAUUUGCAAUUGCGCAUUCUCAUUUGCUCGUGGAAAAAUGAGAAAUUCGAGGGCGGCACUCAGAGACUUUCUGUCUGGACAAACGUUCCAAAUUUUCACGUAAUAUUAUUCGGUGCGUCUGCGAUUUAUUAACGAAGCUCCGGCGGGAAAACGGAUGCAAACGAUCUGGAUAAAUAAAACGCAAGAACAGUGUGACGAACUCGUCCGUUAAUUUUCGGAUAAUCGAAAGAACAAAGAAAAAAAAUUCGCUAGCAAAUUACUCGACGAACGAAGAGUCAAAUAUUCGAAUCGAAAAACUGCAACGAAUUCACUUCACGUUUAGAAACAAAAAUUAGUACGUUAAGAAAACAAAUUAUAGAAAAAAAAUUGCGAAAAAUUUUGUUGCAUUCCCUUCACGGUUUAUAUCACCGAGAAGACAACGUAAAAAGAGGAAACUCAAUAAGGAUCACGGAACAGCGAUCGGGCGUAGAGCAAACGACAUCAAUAUCGACGUUUACAUGCCUCGAGUCGACCUAGCGGAAUAUACGAGGCGUAAAAACGCGAUCCGUGACGAUUGCGUUCAAGCGAAAAUCUAGAUUUCCAACAGAGAGUUGCACGGUAAGUCGUCACGGUGUGCGGAUUGGGGCGAAUUCUCGGCUACAUCGGCGGACGACCGUCGGUGGGGGCCGCCAACAUGUCGCAGUCUGGUUCAGGAGGGGUGAACGAUAGCCAGGAACAAAACCAGGUUGGACAAACGAUGGAGAAUCAACAGACAGCGUGUCAAAACGGCCGAGCUGAGCCGCUUGCCGACAAUGCGAAACAAGAUUUGUCCAACGGCUUUGAAAAUCGUACCAUAGAAUAUGACAGAUUCUCUCAAGAUAGGGUUCAACAGAACCAGUCAGCCGGCCAAACUCAAGAACAACAACAACAACAACAACAACAACAGCAAACUCAGCAGACAGGUCAAUAUCUGACUGGAAGGAAGCAACCUGUGGUCGGUGUUCCCGAGGAUAGACACCCCCCUAGUGGACAACUUCCACCCCAACAGUACAGCCAGGAAAAGUCUGCUCUCGAGAGGACGCAACAUGUUUCUCAAACUAGUACACAAACCCUACCGGUUCAAGCGCAGCCUCAAUUCAUGCCUGAUUACGAUCAAACUCAGUACACGCAGAUCCGAAGUCAGUUCGAGGUGAGACCUCAACAGAUGUAUCCUCAACAAGCUCAAUACGCUGAAAGAGCUGGUUACGUGACGAGGGAUGUAACAUAUAGAGAUCCUGCGUUGUAUCAAGGAGGUGCAGCGAAUCCGAUGUUCACUGGACAGGGUCAAUACGUAACUGUUCAACACGGAUCGCAAAUGCCUCCUCAAUCCGCCAGUCCUCAGCCACCGUACUUUUCAGGCGUUGUCGUACCUCAACCGGCUAGUUACGCUCAAUUUGGCGGGCAACCCCAGUAUUCCUAUAGUCAGUAUCCUCAAACAGUAAUGAACGCGGUACCGUAUAAUCCUCAUACUGGAAUGUAUCCCGCUCAACAAUUCGGACAACAAUCACCGAAUCCUCAAAGAUUCUCUCAGGAACUUGGACAAUAUCAGACACAGCCUAUCAUUCAACCGAUCGCCCAAAAUGUGACUCAUGGUCUCGCAAUGGCGACUACAGAGAGACCCAGUCGUGGACCCAAACCUAUGGUUCCACCACGAGGUAAUUCGAAGAUUACUCACGAUACAGGGCACAGAAAGUCUGCGAGUGUCGAUGUUCCAGGUAUGCAGAAACCUAAAUACGACCCUAAUCAAAAUCCUCCGCAAGAACAAAUUCACCGAAGCGACGGGGCGAUAAUCGUGCAAGGCGCACAGAUCGUAACCGAUACUCAGGAUAGAAGAUACCUGACAGCCAUUAAUCAAAACCCUAGGACGAGACAGGACGGUCUGUACGUCGAUACGAAUGGAGAUCCACCUGGUCGAGAAAAGAUGUGCGAAACCGUGGUAACCGAUUGUGGUCUAUAUGUGACCAGACCUGAACACAGGAAAUCUAUUUCCGUGGACGUUACAUCGAGUUUCCAGCGUCGUAACGAUACGAUUACGUUCACGUUCCCUGGUGACACGAAUCAGGAAAUAUUGAUGCCAGCGAGGAAGACCGGAACUAUGGUGGAUCCGAAACGAGUCGAAACCAAUCAAGUGUAUCCGCCUGAUCAAAGGCGAUUGGAUACGAGCUUAAGAGUAUCGCCGAUGGCUUUUGAUACGAGACAAGAAAAUAGGAAGAGCAUAGGGGCUGAUAGAAAGCCCGAAUGGGGUAACGUGAGCCCUAAUCAAAGAGUAGCGAUACCGCAAGAAAACAGACGAUCCGAUUACUUCGACGAGCAUAGGAGGUCACCAAUGACCAUAGAAGGCAAGAGAAUGGAAGACGUUAGAAGGUCUCCUAUGCCUUUCAUGCCGAUUCGCGAAGGAUCCGCGGAUCGCGCAGGACAGAAAAGUCCGUCGUUUGUAAAUCAAAAUUUCGAGAAGACUAGACAAGAGCUAACGAUAUGGGCUGAACAACGACAACGACAGGAACACGAAAGAAACAUGAUGCAGAAUCAAAUGCUCUCCACCAGUCCACGUUCUCGUAAUCAGUCCGAGGAAAGGAGAGACCCGAGACAGAUACAUCAACCAGAUGAUCGCAAGGAAGCUAGAAUGACUCAAUCGGCCUUUCAACCUAUACCCAACAUCAGUCAGAGGACUAUAAUGGAACAACGUCGACAUUUGCGACACGUUAGUGCUGACCUAACGAAGCACAUGGAACUCUCGAGAAAGGAGUUCGACGAGCAGCCCAUUAGUGGAUCCGUAGCGAACCUUGGACCACCUGCUAGUACGGCUCCCUCUCAAAGAGCCAGUCCUAAUAUAUGCCAUCAGUAUCCAGCCCUUAGCGAAGCAAAGUUAGAUACCAAGACUGUCCUAACUGUGGUAACAGACUUCGGUGAAACAAGUUUAGGUAAACCGAUCGAUCAAGUGGAUCAUAUAAUCCAUAGCCAUCGUAAAAGCCACAAUAUCUCGACCAGCUUACUAACUCAUAGCAAGAGCCAGAGCGAUAAUCUUCAAAGUCAACUAGACACACAGAACGAAAAAUCCGACGCUUUGACGUCCCAGCAGCAACAACUGCAAAAUCAACAGAAUCUUGAUUUAAUAUCCGAGAAACUCAGCCAAUUUGAGCGUCAACAAAGCGAUCUACAAGCGAAGCUUCAGUGUCUUCAGAAUCAAAAUCAAAUCCUCGACAAAGUGGCGCAAUUUCAACAUCAACAAAGUGAUUUACAAGCCCGUCUGCAAAGUUUGCAAGCACAGAACCAGCUGUGCGAUAAAUUACAAAGAUCGACCGAUUUUCAGCCGCAUUCGAUCGGAAACGAGAUCCACCAGAUUCAAUCGAAUUCUCUGCCCAACCACCAAGAACAACCGACCGAUAAGAUUUGCACGUCGCAAAGCCAGAAUACGCCGCACAGUCAUCAUCAAACGUUAUUGACCGCUUCCUAUACACAGAACUCUAAUCAUCAAUCCUGCCAAUCGUCUGUCUGCGAGAAAUUAUCACCUAGGCUUCAACACGACACCAGCGACCCGAAUUCUAUUCAGAUACCGAACAUGUCGCAAAUGCCACUGCCGUGUCUGCCACAAUUCGAUCGCGCCGAUACGUCCCGUACUUCGUUCUCACAGUUCCAUCGACUUCAGUGUCAAAUCGACGGUCACGAGGGAGCUUCAGCACCGUCCAGCACUGCUUCCGUGGCUUCGUUUACUGGAACUUUGAAAAAGGUACCUCCCGAGAAACCACCGAGAACGUCGCUAAUCGUUCAGUCACCGGAGUCAGAGAGCAACAGAAGCCAACCAGCCAUCGGACUAAAGCAGACGCCGAAGGCGCGGCCAACCAUUUUCGGCACGGUGGCCUCGGAUCUGACCCCAAAGGAUGGCAACAGUCGAAGGAGCUUGCCACAAACACCAGCUGGCGGUGUGGGUGGAAAAGGAAGCGGAAGUGCUGGCGCCGGUUCUGGUAUGGUCAAUGGUUCUGGUGCCGAUCAUCAAGAUAUUCGUGACGGUGCUGCUAUAAAUACAGAACAUGCUCUGGUCUAUCGAGACGGGAACCUGGUGUCGGGCUCACUGGAAGCCUUGGUACAGCAUAUGGUACCCACCGAAGAAUAUUAUCCCGAUCGGGCGUACCUCUUCGCCUUUUUGCUGAGCGCCAGACUCUUCAUCAAGCCGCACGAGCUCCUGGGCGAGGUCUGCGCCCUCUGCGAGCAUCAGCAAAACCUGACUGGAGAUAGUGGCAAGGAACGUCUGCAACGUUUCGUGCCACGACUGGUGCAGCUGCUAGCCGAAUGGACAGAAACAUUCCCGUACGAUUUCCGGGACGAGAGGGUGAUGGGCCACGUCAGGUCCAUCACGCAGAAGGUCGCUGCGGUCGACGCUGCGGCCAGGCAGGAAGUUUCGGCAUUGCUGCAAAACUUGCUGCUUAGACUGACGGCCCUGGAGAGGUACGAGGAGGGUUUGGCUAGACUGGCGACCGAGGCAACGACAGAGCAACUUUCACAGGUGGACAUCACCGAGCUGUGCCCAUCGGCCACGGUCCUGGCACAGCAAUUGACCCACGUGGAACUCGAGAGGCUCUCGUAUAUCGGCCCAGAAGAAUUCGUCCAAGCCUUUGCCAAGGAAUCUCCUCACUUGGAAACAUCCUUUAAGGACAUGAAGAAAACACGCAAUCUCGAAUCGUACGUCCAGUGGUUUAAUAGACUGAGCUAUUUCGUCGCGACUGAAGUAUGCAAGCAUGCAAAAAAGAAACAACGCGUUCGUGUGGUUGAAUAUUGGAUCGAAACCGCCCGUGAAUGCUUCAACAUCGGCAAUUUCAAUUCCCUAAUGGCGAUCAUCGCUGGCUUGAACAUGUCACCCAUAUCUCGCCUGAAGAAAACGUGGUCAAAGGUACAGCUGGCGAAAUUCUCAAUUCUUGAACACCAAAUGGAUCCGAGCAGCAACUUUAGCAGCUAUCGCAGCACCCUGAAAGCAGCGAUGUGGCGUAGCGCCGGCGCUACGGACGAACGACAGAGGAUCGUCGUACCCUUCUUUAGUUUGCUGGUCAAGGAUCUCUACUUCCUGAAUGAGGGAUGCAGCAACAAAUUACCAAAUGGACACAUUAAUUUCGAGAAGUUCUGGCAACUGGCGAAACAGGUGACAGAAUUCAUUGCUUGGAAACAAGUUGCUUGUCCAUUCGAGAAGAAUCCGCGUGUCAUUGCUUUCCUUCAGGCGAGCCCGGUGCUGACUGAAAAUGCUUUAGCUCUGGCGUCUUUCGAGUGUGAACCACCAGACAACAAUCCAGAGAAAGAACGUUACAAAGCAUUGAAGUCUGAACUGAACGCUCAGUGAAAAAGAGCAAUCAUGCAACGCGUCGAAUGGGAGCGAUACUGAGAUAGACGCACUCUUCUAAACUUCGUUCCAAACAAUUAAUCAGCCACGAAUCUCUCUUACGAAAAGGGAAAACGAGCUUAAGCAAGUAACAUCCAGCGAGAAAACAGCGAAAAAGAGAGAAGAACAUCGAAAUCGUGAACAAGAGACACCCGUACGAUGACGAAACGUAAGAAAAAGAAGAAAAUUCAAAUUGUAGCGAUUUGCUCGCGAACGACAAACGAGAAGAAGAAAAACAAUGAUUCAUCGUAGUGAUCUCGCGUCAUUUAAGGACACCCUUUAAGUGUACUAAAACGAUCAGUGCAAUCGUCUCGACACUUUCUAUAAAAUGCUCUCAACUUCGAAUUCCAUUUCUCUUAACCACCAAUUUAUCAAAUACUUUAUUACACUUUUCAGUCGUAUAUUACGUAAAACAAUAUUAUACGUAUAUCAAUACGACUUAAAUUUUAUCGAAAUGAAAUCUCAUCAGACCGAAUCUUCGAAUCGAAUUUAGAAGAUCGAAAUAAAUAUUCGAUCGUGUUCCAUUCACAGUGUUGUUGCAUUACAUACAUCGAAGCAAAGAGCGCUCUUCAAAGAAAGAGACAUCAUAGGUAAAAACUGCUCGAAGAGGCGACUCUAAGAUUCCAAAGUUCGAACAAAGAAAACAGAGAUCGAUUGCACCGAUUGAAAUCGUCUAUCGAUCAAGCGUACUUCGGUAUACACUGAAAACGAAGCUGAUCUGUUAGUACGAACAUGAAAAAAAAAAUUCAUUGAACAGUAUCGCGUAGCAGUAAGUAUAGUUCCUAAGCCCGAGGCCGAACGAAGAAUCGUUCCUCGAUCGCGAAAAUUUCACAAUUGUGGCACAGCCUCGUGAACAUUCGUUUUCGAGGAAUCGUUUCGUACAUUUUGGCCGACCCUUUUUGUACAUAGUCCUUUUGAUAUACGCUAACAAAACUCCUAGGUGUGGAACAGAGGAUAAUGGAAAAAUAAUAAAAAAGAAGAAAAUAGGUUCGUUCCUGUAGAGUAAGCUCGAACGUUGUCGUUUUUAAGGUUCUAGGUUACACGUUAGUAACAGACGACGGUCGUCGUGCACGUACUUAACGAACGAGAAAGACGAAGAGAGGAAAGGGAAAGAUAGAGAGGAGAAACGUUUGACAAGAUCAGUAAGAGAGGACACGACCCGGUAGUAACGCGCGCGGCUUUAUGCCGUUUGCAGCUUUUCAAAAAGCGUUUCCAUUGUCCCAAUGUUGACGAUGUCGUUUGGGUUUUUUCGAGUGUUCACGCGGUGACGAGCGCGAGAUUACAAUUUCUCUCCUUUUUUUUAAAUACGUUCGUCUGUACUUUUUUCGCGAAUAAAAAAAUCCUCGUGUAAGAGUAAAUCUUUUUUGGUCUCGGUGAACCGUUUCAUUCGCGUCUACCUAAUGGAGAUAUGUUCAUUAGAAUUUUUAUUUUACAUACAUAUGUAUAUUACCGCUGAGAAGUAUCCAGAUACCUGGUUAUUUUCAACAGGAUAUAUUUUAAUUAGAAAAUUACGGAUAAAUCAAUGGGCGAUGGUUUUAUCCUUUAUAAUUAUUAUAACUACGUACAAUAUGCUGCAUAUUAGCAUAAUGCUGUAAGUCAAAAUUUUAACAAUCACGUGUUUUAACUUUUAAAUGUAUUGUCUCUUUAGUUUCAUAAUUAAUUAAGUUCUAGUUUUAUUCUCUAUCAUAAUAUACUUUCAUAAUUUAAUGAAAUACAAUCAAGCUUUUAUAAACUAACAGUGAACUGACUUACAUCAUUAUGAUCCUUGCUAAUUGAUUUUUGCAAAUCGUUAAAACAUAUUAGUGCCAUGUUUUUUAAUGGAUAGUUUAGAUUUAUGCUUUGGUGAUUUCAUAAAAGGUAACAAAUGCUGCUUCUAGUUACUCAUAUAAUAAUUCAUCACUAAUUUGUAUACUUUGAUUAAAUUCAUGCACUGUUACCACAAAUCGAUCAAAGUAUCUGGAUAUUUACGCACGGUGAUGUAAAUAUUAAAUCGAAGCAAUUUUGGAAUAUCGUUAAAAGCUUAACGUUAAAAGUUUCAUUUGGCUUGCGGUAAUUUUAGCGGCGACGUUAACGCGUACGUCGUUUGAUAGAUUGAUUUUUAGCUCGCUAUGUAUGCUGUAUGUGAUACAUUAUAAAAAGUUAAUCGAAGGUUCAGCGUAUCGAGAAAAUUUCACUCGAGAACUCACUUUUAUUUGUAUAUGAAAAUCAAAAGGGAAAAAUGUGGUAAAUCUAUUUCUGCCAAUUCUCCGUUAGAUAUUAGUGGCGAAAGUUAAAGUUUAACAACAUGAAAGGCUUUCCAUGAUGUUAAAAAAACUAAGUUUCCUUUUUCUAUAAAACAUUUUUUUCAUGACAGAAGAGCCGGGAACCUGUAAGAAUUAUCUCAAGGAAUAUUUUGCUAAGUGAAAUAAGCUUUUUAAAAAUAUAAUUUCGAAGCUACUCUUUGAACUUGAACGGCUAUUAAAAACGAGAAAUAUGACUUAUCACGUCUUUCACCUAUGGUAUCCGUAUAUCUUCGUGUGCUUCUACAAGAAUCGAAAAGUUCUUGUCUCUCUACUGAAUAUCAGCUGAAAAAGAAGAAAAAACGUUUGAAACGCGCGCGUCACCGUUAAAAUCUAACUUCGUAUUUUUAAACAAGUUUGAACAGAGUAUGAUCGAUCUGUCCGAAAUCGAGCCCAGUAAUAAGGUAAUGACUUUUUCUUUUCCUUUUAUUUGUUCUCCGAAUGAACUCGCGAUACAAAAGGAAGAAACGCAGAGAUAAAUGGACGAACUGAGGGCGAAGGUGUUUUGAGAAAAAUAUAGGGACCAAGAGUUCGUUUUUUCAAGAAGGUAACCGAAAAAUCGUGAAUCGUGAUCCAACGAUCGCGAUCUAAAUGGAGGAAACGCAAAGGCAGACUGUCGAAUUUUCCGCUCGCUAACUCGUAGCUUCGCGUACUGAGAGAAACACCUUUGCAGUCAUUAGGCAUUUAAGGCUAAUCUAGACGAUUUGCGUCUAGUUAUAAUUACGAGCUGCGUACAACGUAUCAAAUAAUUUGUUAUUUUUAUUUAAAAUAUCUGCAAGAUAUAUGAUGUAUCUAAUUAUUCGCUUGAUUAAUUAUUUUCAUCGUAUGUAAAAAACUGUUUCGCAGUUUAAAUACUAUGAAAGUACGCAUUCACACGCGAUAAAAUGUAUUUGUACAUUGUUCUAUUUUAAUUUAAUUAUUUAUACGAACGUAUUGUACGUUUUCUUUUGCACUCCCUGCACGGCGAGUUCUUUAAGACAAGUUGAGCUUGUGUUUGAGUAAACGAACUAUUUCGUAGGAGUUUUAAAUAACGUAUUCAGUAAAUGUGUACAAAUCUUUUGUUAUACGUUUGUAGUAUUAUUUUCGUGAGUUUGUUGUAUAGAUAUUGGGUGAAAAGUAUUUAAACGAAUCAGAGGCAGCUCUUCUUGCCUUCAGCUUUUAGAUUGUAGUCUAGUGUAUCUCUUUUUUACUGUUCCUGUGUUAUUUAUGCGAUCGUAUUAUGGAUGUAGAAGGAAAAUUCUGUAAGUUCUAAAAUUGAGGUUUUGAGAAAAAUACUUUCCUUUUUUUCACAAGAAAUAUAAAAAUUUCUGUUCUAUUGCUUUUCAUUCUGGAAGAAUGAGAAGGUUACAUUGAAUUACAGAUUGUUGUAUAAUUUGAAACUAUGACAUUCUCUUUUAAAAAUACGAUUAUCCAUCGUUAUAUUAUAUUUUAUACAAUUUUUCAAUUUCCUACAAUCUUGUAUAUCCUACAAUUUCAAAAUGAAUAACUUCAAUUAAAAAUAAACUUAACGGAUUUUUCUUAGAUAGCCACGGUGUUAUACAAUAUGCAAUAUUUUAUUAUCGCAGAAUAUUUUUCUAUACUUAUCUAACGCACGAUGUUUAUCCGUUUAUUUAUAACGAAGUAUCUUUAACGCUCUGUUUCGCGUCACAAUAAACAGUAAACGUUUCUCGUAGGUGUUAGCACCUUCGAUAAAUGUAUCUUGCUCGCCGUUCUCUCAGUACGAGAAUCAGAAAAAGAGAAACAAACGUGUAUCAUAUGCAACAGAGUAGCGUCGUAUGUACGAGGACGAACCAGAGUCUACGCGAAGAUCGCGUAAUAAAGAAAGUAUAAUUCAUUGAUCGAGCCACCAAAAUCGGGGAUAUGUUAUACGCCAGACUCCUUUCUUUGGAAAUCGUUUGAUAAAAAUCAUCAUAGAUGUAUAUUCCGAGGAAUUCAAACGAUAUUACAACAAUCGUUCUAACGUAAGUUUUUAGUAACAUUAGGAUAAUUUAAUUUUGACAAAAAUUAUCGUACGUGUUGAUGAAGGUAUUGAAAUAUUAAAAAAUGACAAAAUCGAUGGUGGAUGUAAUGAAAAAAUUCUAACUUAAUAUGUUGGUGGAUUAAUUUGAUUAUAGUAUGUUAUAUUAAUUUAUAUAACACAAUUCAUAAAACAUUCAGUGACCAGACAUAAACCAAGCCCAAUUUACCCCUGAAUCUAAUCUAGAUGUAAUUCAGUCCUAACUUACACCUACCAUCCAACAUAAUCCAGUCCAUCAUUCGACUUAAUCGAAAUGUAAUUUAGAUAACGAAUCGAUUUGAUCAUCCCCUUGAUCUAGUUCAAAUUGAACCUCUAGAACCAUUAGGUGCCUGUGUAAAUAUCUAUUUAAUCUUAUUUACACAAUGGUCAUAUGAGUAUAUAUGUAUAUAUUUUAAAUUGUGUAAUACAAUGUUAUUUUUAUCAGGAACUUUCGUAUUUGUAAAAAUUGUUACUAUCUUUUAAUAUUAAAACGCUCGUAUGAAUCACUUAUUUGACAUGUAAUAACGAGAAAAAUAAUAGACAAGUGUUUACUUAAAUAAUUUGUUAACGAAAGAACUAGAUUACAACCACGUAAAAUAGUAACUAUUUAAAGUUCUAAAGUAAUUCAAUACUUCCAUCGCAACACGUACAUUCGCUAUCAGAAUCCAUCGUUCCAUUCGUAAAGUAUCACAAUUCAUUACAAAAUUCACAAUUGACUUUUGCAAUCCUUCUUUCACUAAAAUCACGUUCAAUUUUUACAAAAUUUUCUUUAUAAACAUUUCACCACACCUGUAAAUAUUCACGACGAUAUCUCAUCUCUUUCUCCAUCGAUUUUAUAAAACUAACACAAAAGUCAACUCUACACAAAAAAAAAACUCCAUCUCAAAAAAUAUCGCUCAAAUAAAUCAAGGAAUGAGUCUGGCCAUCCCGAGAACGUUCUCACGUUAGAAUUGUAACGAACAGUCGACAAUUAUCCAUGCACGUUUAUCAUAAACCAUAACACGAUUAAUCUGUCGAACUUAUCGUAAGGAGUAAAUAGUUAACGAGUGUUAUCGUUGUAAGCGCAUCGCGUUGUCAAUAUUCCAAGAGAGGAAUCUCUGUAAUACUACACACCCAUCCGAACGAUCAUUAACUUGCCAAGGUCCGUGAUUCACGUCGGAGACGUUCACGUUCUCCCCGAACAAAAUAUUAUAACUAAAAAUUAUAUGCAAUUCCCUUAUACGAAAGUAUAUGCGAUACCUUCUUAUACAAGGUGAUUUUUUCGUUAGUUGAAAAAAAUUCAAAGGCAGUGGCGCCAAUCACAUUGCGGAUCGUACACUGUCGCGUUUUCAUAUUAUAUGUAGUAUACAUAUAUAAGUCGUUCUUACCCUAAUCUAGGAUCUAUGGAUCCUAGAAGGUCGAUAUUGGGUUCCAAUCACGUACACUCAGUGUUAGGACACAUUUUCUUCUCUUUUUCUCAAAUUUGUUUAAUCGUCUAUCAAGACCACUUACUCUUCUUCGACUGCUUUCACAUUACUUCAGGGUAAUGGCUUUCAACCUCUUAUCUUUAAUGAGCCAAAGGCUUAAGUCGUUACAUGCAUAUAAAAUACAUACAAAAUCUGAUAUCGCUGACAUAUAUAAACACAUAUAUUAUAUAAAAAAAGACAUUUUAUUUAUAAUAUCAAUUAUAAAAUUGUAAUCAUCUUCAAACUGCUUAACGCUUUCAAUGCUGCAGAUCUCAUCAUAGUGACACGCAGUGACACUAAUUGAAAUAUUUCAAUUAAAGAAACAAUUCAAAUUAGGUAUGCUAAGUAUUAACAGUAUCCUAUUACGGAUGGCAAUCUUGCACGUUAUGACUUGACCAACUAAAAAAUCACCCUGCAUCUUAUACGUAUAAUAAGAAGGUACCUUUUGCUUGUAUCAAGGGAGAAAUGUACGAUGAUCUCGUUUCGGCAGCCAGACGAUUCUUUUUCACAGCCGUCUCGACUGAUUUCGCGUGGACUUAACUUUGAUUUCACGACGAAGCGAAUGGUCGUCGCGAUAUUUUCUAGCGAUCGCUUUUUUCUACGAUUUUUCUAGCACGAAAGUGACGAAGGGAAAGCGUGUUCGAAACGACGACGAGGCGAAUUUUCGACGACCAGAGCCAGGGAAAUCGAUCGAGCGUCGUGUGAAAUCGAUCUUCAAACGAGAGAUUAAAGGGAUAAUUAUAAAAAGGGCGGAGAGUCUGAAACACGCUGGCACGCGUCUUUCUGCCCCGUUUUAAUGAAUCCGCAAGGACAUUGAACUACGUAACGAUUAACCCUAAUAGUUGCGAUUCUGUACAUAAAAAGGAAAGUCGUGUAUAUAUAUAUAAUUAUAUGACACAUAAACAUAUGCGUAUAUCUAUGCGUUAUCUAGGGUGUAAGGUUGGAUAGGUCGUAACCGAAUUUAAUGGAGGAGCCACGGCGUGAAAAAAACGAAGGUAUCACGUGAAAUGUGGUUCCUUCGUGUUUUCUUCGAUGCCGUCGUGCGUCGACAUAGAGAAUCGAGGCCUGUCGACCACGUUAAUCGCCGAUCGAUCGAUCCGAGAUCGCCUAACGAUACCUUCUAGUACACAAGAACUACAUUCACCUUUGAAUGAUUGAUUGAUUGAUUGAUUGAUUCGGAGAGAAUACGAACACACUUGCUUACUGUCUAGUCACUAGAUCGUUAGUCGGAGGUCCGUGGUCGUGUUCGCGUCGCGAUUCGAAAACACGAGCACUUGUGUUACAAUGUCUUAAUUAAGAAUUCUUUUAUGAUAUAUUUGUGAUUCUACGAGUUAAGAAUUUAAAAUUUAUGUAAAAUCCUGUUUUUAUUUCACUUCAUUUUGGAUUCCUUUUGUAGCCUCUUUGAGAAGAAUUUUUACGGAUCGGUAAAGGAAAGACUUUUAUUUAAUAUUCUGUUACAUAUUAAUUGUAAUAUUGCAAUUUAAAUUAAAAGUAUACAGUCAUGUUAAAGCUUAAUUAAAACUGUGUAUGUUGGUUUCAAAGAUUUGCGCAGUUCCGAGAUUAAUUUACUCGGAUCAGUGGUUUUCAGUGUCAGGACUUUUUGUUACAUCUUUUACAUCGCAGAAUUUUUUAUUAUUUUAUUUUUCUUAAUUUAUUUUUCAAGUACAUCAUGCAGGAUGUAUGUAAACUGUAGAUGAAGUUGAGAAAUGGUCGACUGUAAACCAAGAAUAACGAUUAAUUUAAUAAUCCUUUUAUAAGUGAGCUAUUUUAUGGAUUUUAUUUUAUAAAAACUCUAUCGUUACAAUCGGAGAAAAUUCAUAGGAUAUUCAAAAUUGAAUUUUUUAAAUAUUAUUCAAGUACGAUGAUCUUAAACAUCUUACUACAUUUAUUUAUUUGUUUUCAGUUGUUAUUAACUUUUAAGGAAACAAAUCUACAUCCAAAAUGUUGUUUUAAUUUCCUUACAUCAAGAAAAUCUUUUUAUUAAAUAAUCUUUAAAUUGAAAUAAGUGCCACGUUUUCUUAUCGAGUCAGAACACGUAUCGCGUUAUGCCUAAAUUAAGAGUAUUCGAGUUAGAAUUAACGUUAAGUUUCGUGUUAAGCGUAUUUUUGGUCGACAUUCCCUUAAUUAUAAGGCGUUUAUAAUUGCACGAUAAAGAGUUUUAUGUAGGUCAGCGUGUUAUUUCAUUCGCCGAUUUCGCUUGCGUGUAAUUUUCCUUAUUAUAUUUCCCCGUCGAUUCCAUCCAGAAUAAUCUCGUGACGAUCGUUGUUCCUUUCCCAGUGAAGGGUCGAACAUUUAAAAACUCAAUCCUACUAUAAAAAAAAGAAACAGGAAAAGAAAAAAAAAUUAAAAAAGAUAGGAACAAAAUCGAUCGUUGCAGAUUUUCAUCGAUCGAAUUUAACGAUGUUUUUUUAGAUUCGAUAUUGAAAUGAGAAAAUCCAUGUAACUAGUUGAACAAUCGACAGCUCGAUUCUCCCUUUUUUUUACCAUUUACAAUUCUAUAGUCGAAAGUCUUUAAAAUAAGAAACAUACUUGUCAAUAUAUUUAGGAUAUUCAAUUUAUACAACUGUUAGUUCGAAAGUAAUCGAAUUCGUAAUGUAUGGAGAAAAUAUGGAACGAUGCGUGACAAUUUGUCUUUGUUAUCUUUUCGUUCAUCAGUUGCCAUUUCUUUCUAUUUAAAUCUAUCUUACAUUAAAUAUCUCUAAAUUUUGUAUUCCCAAUAGAGAAUGUACAAUUUUUACAUUAUUUUCCAAUUUCAUUCUAUAUAGUUUAUUCUAUAAUUCAAUAUAAAAAUCAUCGUGAUAAAGUUCAGUACAUAUACCUAAUGAAAGUGGAAAAAAUAUUCAUCAUCAUUUUAAAAUUUAUAAUAAUCGUACAGUCUUUUUUUCAUUCUAGUAUUUCAUCAACCAAUUUCCUGUGAUUUCUCGAUAAUUAUUAUUUUUAUCUAAUUUUACAAAGACAAAUAUAAUAUACAAUGGCAAAAAGCGAGAAUAAAUCCAUACAACUGAAUAACUGCCAAUGUUGCAAUAAAGUCAAUAAAACAAGAAUUGUUUAUAGAUGAUCCAGCUGUCGAUCGAUCAGCCUAAGUAGAUUACGUACAACGAUUUCGUACUAAUGUUACAUAACUUUUUGCAAAUCUCGUAACAUAGAUUACCGAAACCUUUAUACCAUUUUUCUUUCUGUCGUAUUCGUCUCAUCGUUUGUACAUCGAUUUUUAUUAUCCAAAAUACGUGGAAAAUUUUGGUUUCAGCGCUUUUCGUUUUCAUCAAACCGAAUAUGUUGGGACUAUUGUACAUAAAUAGGCUCAAACAUGUAACAGCGACAAGACAACAAUUACAAUUAUUGUAGAAACGAUGAUGUCUUACGAAAUAAACUACAGAUUAAUGGA